AAAUUUGUCUCAAUUUAACUUCUAAGGUUAUUUAAUUAAAUCAGAUAAUAUUUAAUCAGCAGUUUAGUUGACAUGGAAAAGACUAAUAAAAAUUUAAUCAUUGUCACGGGUUUUGGUCCGUUUGGAAGUUUUGAAGCAGUCAAUCCCAGUUGGGAAGCAGUGAAGUUGUUACCUGAUAAUUUAGAGUUCAACAAAAAACAAUAUAAAAUUGAAAAAUUGGAAGUAGCUGUUGAAUAUGCAGCUGUAGAUAAAUCCGUUGAAGAGAUAUGGUCACGUAAUCCGAUUUUGGUCAUACAUUGUGGAGUGAACAGUGGAACUAGUUGCAUCUCGGUCGAAAAAUUGGCGUAUAACAACUAUUUUGUAGGCAAAGAUGUUGCUGGGUGUACUCUGCAGAACGAUUCAGCGUGUCUGAAAAAUAACAAAAAUGAAAGAAUUUACACUGGCUUGGAUGUGAACAAAAUUGUUAAAACUAUUGAGAAAUGUCACUGUAAAUCAGCUGAAGCUGCAGCUUUGUCCAGUGGCAAUCCUGGAAACUAUUUGUGUGGAUACAUAUAUCUAAAGUCAUUGGAUAUUAAUCAAAAUCGCAGUCUUUUUUUACAUGUACCGGAAAUCGAUCAACCUUACACUUCUCAGGAGGUUUCUGAUAUGAUUUUAAAUAUAGUUCAAGAAUGUGUACGUCAAAUAGAGGAAAACGGUGUUUAAUAGAAUAGUUUUCUACUUUUUGCUAUUUAUAUAUAUGCUUGAUGCA